UGGCUGUUCGAGGUAGAGGGGUUGACUGUGAUUGGAUCACGAUGAAGUCAAAGUGUAAAGACAUCCACCAAUCAAGCAACCUUCCCUGCAUCUUGGAAACAUACCUGCCAUCUAGUGGUGGCAAAAUGGCAGAGAAUGAAGACAGGCCUCAGCGUCGGAGGAAGAAGUUGACCCAGAGCAGAGAGACUGGGCCUGGGGGUCAGAAUCACCCUGGGAGUGCUGCUAGUGACCCAGACAGCGUCAGUCGCCAGGCUCUGCUAGAUCAGCGCCAUCUAGAGGCGUACAGAAACAUGCACGGUCUCAGAGACAUCCUGUACCAUCGAUACUCUGCCAUGCUCAGAGAUAAGAUACACACACAGAGACAGGAGAUACAACGACGUGCUGCGGCAGCUGGAGCAGUCACCGAGGAUAAACACACACCGAAACUGAGGAAGCUGGCCUGUUCUACUCUCUCCCAUGACAACACAUACCUGAGGUCUCUUCCUCAAACCAGCUACUACCUGAUCUUGGGCCUUCAGAACCAGUUGUCUCGGCAUGGUUGUCUGAAGACCCUCCAGGACCAAGAGGACUUCUGUUUUAUGGUUAACCACCACCACCACCACAACCGUGGUCCAGUCCAGCUGCAGAGGACACAACAGGAGAUCAGGAAGAGGAUGAUUGGCAGCCGCUCCGCACCGGAUGUGAUGUCAGCGGGAUGGGGUUGGAGCCAGCAGGAGAUGUCAGGACAGACCUCUAGAAUUCACGUCACCACGGAGACGAGACACCUGGACCGGAUUGUCCAUUCAGAGACAGGGAGAGGGCUUAUGCCGGGAGAGAGACUUCCAGAAAGAGGGGCUGGGGAGAGACUUCCAGAAAGAGGAGCUGGAGAGAGACUUCCAGAAAGAGGGGCUGGAGAGAGACUUCCAGAGAGAGGGGCUGGAGAGAGACUUCCAGAAAGAGGGGCUGGGAAGAACUCUGCAGCCUUCCUCCUCUCACAGCAGGAACAGGACUACACUGAGCAAAUGUUUCCCAAGAUGAAGGUUCCCAAGUUUGCAACCCUUCAGCCUAGUUUUCUGAAGAACUUGAAGACGGUGAUGCCAACAGUGGGAGUUGAGGAGAUACCCGAGAAGAGUAAGAGAGCAGAGAUGACUGUGAGGAUGCUGAGACACAUGCACAGCCAGUCCCUUACCAACAUGGCUGUCUCUCAGAGACUGCUACUGGACAGAGACAGACACUCACUGUGCUGCUGCUGGGAACAGAAGACGAGUUUCCAAGAUCUGACGCAGUAUGUAUUCCCGAGUGUUCACUCUAACGAAGAGAAGAAGAAGAGGUGUGCUGGGAACCUCCCUCCUCUCCCUCCUCCUCCGUCCUACCAGGAAUGGACCAGGAUCGAACCAGAUGAUUCAGAGGUCCCUAGCCUGGCCCUGGAAGGGCUUGGGCUGAGGACCAUACCCUCUGCUGGAAACACAGAAAUAUGUAGCAAGACUCCUGAGCCUUUAUCCAUAGAAGAUGUGUGUCAACGCAACCCUUUGGGGGUGGUAAAUUGUGGAUGUAAGCUUUGGAGGAAUUAUGACGAGGAGACAGCCUAUUGAGUAUCUUCGUUUGAUGUGAAGGCCACUAGGCUACACCAAUCACCAAUACCAUGAAUAAGAUAAAAAGAUUAUGAGAUUAUGUAUUAUUUUGAUACCAGUUCACUUAGAGACCAGUUCACUUAGAGACCAGUUCACUUAGAGACCAGUUCACUUAGAGACCAGUUCACUUAGAGACCAGUUCACUUAGAGACCAGUUCACUCUGGAUUCCUAUUGUGUUUGUCUUCGACUAUAUCAACAACAAAACGAUAUAGAUGGUAAAAUUACAAAUGUUUUUACAAAUAAAAUGUAUUAUUAGCAGUAUGUGUUUUACUUAUAGAAUGUAUCAUCAACAAUAUGAGUAAAGAACUAAAGGCAAAUAACGAAUAGAAAAGCAAUUCUUUAACUACCAAUAAUUUUUUAAGAGAAAUAUAACCUGUGUAUUUAGAACGACACUUUCUACUCACUCGAUUGAUUCUGAUUGUGAAUGAUUUAAGCUAAUAAUAAAACUUGCUAAGAAGUUGUUUUUUUGACGGA